CAACGGUGGGACGGUUAUUAGAAUAAUAAUAAAAAAAAUCUUUUACUUUUGUUUAUAUAAAAUAAAUAAAAUUGAAUUGAUGUAUAAAAAUAUUUUGUUUUGUCAUCGAAAGAUUGUACUUCAUAUUGAAAAUGAAUAAGGAUUAAUUACAAUUAAAUUACAAUAUCUUACAUAUUUGUCAUUUGGCGAAGCUCAUAAAAAUUUUUACUGGAAAAACUUUGUGUUUAGUAUGAAAAAUGCUUGAAUCUAAAUAUUUAACAUCAUUGAUAUCAGGUGGAGUAGCUGGAUUAUUUGUUGAUAUAAGUCUUUUUCCUAUAGAUACUAUUAAAACAAGAUUACAAAGUGAAAAGGGUUUUUGGCGUUCCGGUGGCUUCAAAGCUGUUUAUAAAGGUUUAGGACCUGUAGCCGCAGGUAGUGCGCCGACAGCUGCAUUAUUUUUUUGCACGUAUGAAACUAUCAAAUAUCAUGUGGGUGAAGUAUUACCAGAAUUUAAAAAUUCACCUUAUUUACAUAUGUUUGCUGCUUCUUUAGCGGAAGUUAUUGCCUGCACAAUAAGAGUCCCUGUUGAAAUUGCAAAACAGAGACGACAGGUAUCUUUAGGUAAUGAAAUUGUAGGAAAUCGAAGCAGUCUUCAAAUUUUAUGGCUUGCUUAUAAAAAUGAAGGAUUUUGUAAAGGCUUAUAUAGAGGUUAUGGGACGACUGUUCUACGAGAAAUACCAUUCUCUUUCAUACAAUUUCCUUUAUGGGAAUAUUUAAAAUUUCGAUGGUGUGACUGGACUGGUUACGAAGAUCUGACACCAUGGUCGGUAGCAUUAUGCGGUGCUAUAGCUGGAGGAAUUUCAGCUGGUAUAACAACACCUUUAGACGUUGCAAAAACAAGAGUUAUGUUAGCAGAGCAAAAUUCAGUUAAUAAGAAAAAACUUAACAUCAGAAAUAUACUCAGAGGGAUAUAUAAAGAGAAAGGUUUGAGAGGCUUAUUCUCUGGAUUUGUUCCUCGUGUUACUUGGAUUACAAUUGGUGGUGCAAUUUUCUUUGGAGCUUAUGACUUGACAACAAGGAUUUUAAGCGGGAAAGAUAUAUUUGGAAUAAAGAGAGAUACUACAUAAAGCCUGCAAUUAAUAAAAAUGUUAGAACUUUUAAAGUAUUACUUUUGUACUAAAGAAAAAAAGUGUAGUUAAGAAUAAAUUGUUUUGUUAUUAUUUAAAAUUUAUUUUAUAUCAUAUAAUCAUUUAUCUAAUGU